AUGAAGGUAAUUAUAGUCGGUUCCGGCGUGUUUGGCCUGUCCACGGCCUACCAUCUCGCACAGAACCCCGAAAACCAGGUGCUUGUUCUUGACAGACUCGACCUCGCAGCUAUUCGAUAUGACUCGCUGAAAGGCGCGGACGGCGCCUCGUGCGACAUCAACAAGAUCUUCCGCGCGUCCUACGGCGACGACGCGUUGUACGAGAAGCUCGCGUACCAGGCCCAGGACGUGUGGUUGCAAUGGAACAGCGAGAUUGAGCAAGGUUUGUACAAAGACGCUGGUUUUGGCGAAAAAGACAUCCUGCUGGACAAUUGCGGGUUCCUGCGCAUGUUCAAGGAAUCCAUCUCGGACUACGAGAAGGAUACUAUCAACACCAUGGCGAAAAACGGCCGCCGCGACGUGCAGGUGCUCACCACAGACCAGGCAGAUAUGGACAGGAUCCGCGGGACGCGCUGGGAAAAGAUGAUGGACCCGGCAAACAGAAAGGCCCGCGCGCUGCCGUACGUGGGCGUCUUGGAGACAACAGGCGGUUUCACCCACGCGUCAAGGGCCAUUUACUUCCUCUACACCAAGUGCACAGCCAUGAAAAACAUACAGUUUGCAACCGGGCAAGCUGGCGAGUUUGUGCGGUUUGCUACAGACACGGCGGACCCGCAAACGGUGCUGGGCGUUGUCACAGCAGACGGGCAACAGUAUCUGGGAGACCGGGUUCUGCUUGCCUGUGGCGGCUGGAACACCUCGUUGCUGCCGGAGCUGGAAGGACUGGUGCAGUCCACGUUUGGUUCCGUGGGCAUUUUGCAGCUGCCGCCCGACAGAAAAGACCUGUGGAGCAAGUUUGACUCGCAGAACUUCCCCGUGUGGAGCUGGGAAAUGGAGGACAGUUCCCAGGGCGGCGUGUACGGGUUCCCGCACAACGGGUCCGGGUUGCUCAAGUUUGGGUUCCGUGCCACCAAAUGGACCAGGCACACAAACUGCCACGGACGGUGUCUUUCUGUUCCUGCCACGGCCAGCACAGACGAUAAACUAACGGGCAUCCCGCUGGUUGCCCUGAACCGGUUCAAAACUGUUCUGCUGGACAACUUCCCGGAACUCAAGGGCCUCAGGUUCACCAAGACGCGUGUGUGCUGGUACAGCGACUCGUGGGACGACAAUUUCAUUAUUGACUACGUGCCGGGCUACAAGAACCUUGUGGUGGCCACGGGCGACUCGGGCCACGGGUUCAAGCACACGCCUGUGAUCGGGCAACACAUCGUGGACGUGCUGGAGCAGAACCGCACCGAGUACACGGACCUUUUCAGGUGGAGGACUCCCUCGGGCGCGGUGCUGAACGAGGUGGCCGAGAACAAGGACAGUCCGCUGGACGUUUCGAAGUGGGAGCUGGCCACCGAGGCGGACUGGGAGCUGUAA